UAAGCAGCCUCAUCCCUACAUAACCGCAGAGGCUCGGAUAACACAGCUUCAGCCGCAGUCGAUCCAUUCUUCUCUACCGAAACGAAUUAACACUCAACGUCACAAUUGCACCCGCCCAUUCCCACGUUCUCCGGCUUAUUAAUUGUUCCCUCGCUAACGUUCAGCAUUUCACGCUAAUCCACUAUUUCAUUUCGAUUUUUUGCCCGUUUGUAAACAGACUCGCGGCGAAACUGAGAGGCGCGGCCGUGGAAUCACAGUACGGCGAUCUGGCGAAAAAUCGUGUAGAUGGUGCGGACCAUUAAGAGCCGUGUUGCCGAAGCGAUGGAAAUUUUCAAUCGGUCGAGAGGGCGCCGUAUCGAGGCUGGUAAUCGAGUAAUCGGGCGUUCGCGCGUUUCAAUGCGCCAUUGUGCGCUUGCACGCGUGCGCACCAGGCCUAAGUAAAUGCAACGCGGCGGAAAAACGCGGACACCGUGCCGUUACGUGAAGUCGUGUGGCUAUUAACUCUCGACGAAAUUGAACGAGAUCCGAUCUCACACUCCCACGCGGAAUACGCGCCAGCGUAAGAGGAAAUAUCAGCGUCUCGAGGAAUAUAAUCUGGUCGGGGCCGUCCAGGGCUCUGUGGUUAUCAUAAGAACCGGGAAAAAUGUCGCUCGUAAAUUUCUUGCCGCAUUACCUGUGCGUCGUCGUUCACAAUGGGAGGACGAUCGAAAGAGGCUCGACGAAUCGGCGACAGGGAGAGGGCGAGAUGGUGGACGGUGGCAAGAAGAUCGUGAGGAACGCGAACCAGGAGCAGAAUGGCUGUUCGUCGCUCGCUGACGCGCAAGAAACGCGCCCCGUCGCAGAUAAAAGAUUCGACACAGAAACAAAAACAAUUUGUACACAAGCUCCCAUCGAAGCUAUCCAGUUGGACGAGAAAAAUCUCUACGAUAAUAAACUAUCGACUGAGGCGAAUCAUUUCGCCCCGUCGUGCGUUCAUUUCAAAGAAAAAAAACUGUCGGCAUUUCGGUGUAUCGACGAGGAUCCUGCUCCCCAAUGCCUGAUCGAGGAAGCCCUCGCCAGAGGGACUGAGCGGACAAAGGGGAAAAUAUCGCCGAACAAGGAGGCCGAAUACGAGACGAUCAUAUCGCAGCUGGAAGCGAAGCUCAGUCGAACGAAAGAAGAUCUGGAAGUGGCUUUGAAGGCGAAACCAAUCGCGAAAGAAAAGUACAAAAAAUUGUUAGAAAACGCGAAAGCAGAAGCACGUAAAGAAAACGAGAUGUUGCAAGAAAACAUCGUGCGUAUUUGUACCUCUGUUUUGGAAAAUUUUGGUCCCCGUACAGUAGAUCAGAGAAGGAGUAGUAAUUACCAAAUUAAAUCUCGUAGAAAGUUAAAGUGUCACGAGAGGAUUGCGAGUAGAUUACGUAAGAAGCUGCACACGACAGUGGCAAGAAUGAACAAAUUGAAACGAGAAUUAGCCGUGACUCGGAGGAAGCUAAAAAGUAAAUGCGAGGAGCACGAGUCGAUCAGCGAAUGCUUUGACCAGCUGAAGCAAGAAAUGGAGGCAACCGAAACGAAUUUGAACAAUCUAAUAAGCGAAAAUCUUUCCUUAAAGAGGAAGAUAGAUGACACGCGGGACUGGUUGCAGCACACCACGGGGAAGGAACACCAUAGGGGGAAUUCUCGAGACGCGUGUAAGAACAGAGAGCUGGCAAAUCUGAAGAAAAAAGUGGAAGAGGAUUCGGCGACCAUUGCUCACCUUAAAAACAAAUUAGUACGAUUGGAGUCGGCGAACGCCAACAAGGGAUUUUUAUUGAACAGUUACAAGGGUCAGCUGACAGAGUUGACUAAAGAGAAAGAUCAAUUAGUAUCUAAAAUGAGCAGCUUGGAGAACGAAGUGAGCAAUGUUCGAAACAGUAACUCACAAUUAAAGGCAAAGAUUUCCGUUUUAAAUGAUGAAAAGGAUAAAUUACUGUCAGACAAUGAAAAAUCGAAGGCGGACAUGAAGGGAAAGAUGGAAAAGCAAUGUGCGAAAAAAUGUGGCGAGACAGUGCAACAGGAGAUUGAAGUUGUGAAAGCUAAAUACGAGGAGACUAUUAAGUCAACGAAAAUGAAGUUGCUGGUUACUAAAACUCAGAAUAUCGAAUACUUAAACGCCAUCAAGGAAUUUUUGAGAAAACUCUACGAACUCCAAGGAGAUCGUGAAACGCAAAAGUUUUCGAACGAAAAUGAGGCAAGCGAAAGAGAAACUCAAGAAACUAUCUGUAAUAUUUUGAAUAUGACACCGGAUGAAUUGUCUGGCUUUAUUAAUGGAAAGACUAAAAAUUCGAUUAAUCUGUGGAUGGUCGAAUUAAAUCGAAUAAUUGCGACAAAUCAAUUCUCUAAAGAUCUAUCGAAGUUUCUAUUGAAUAAGGUAACGAAGAAAACAAAGACGUAACAAAGGAUCAGAGAA